AUGUUCACCAUAUAUGAACAAAUUCGAGAUAGUGACGUCAUUCACAGUUACACAUUUAGAAGGUCAUCCGUCUUACAACCGUCAGUUGUGAUUCAGUACCAGACCAAGACAGACGAUCACAGUACGAUAGAUUCGGACAAAACCAUGUCUAUAGUUCCAGUUUACGUGUCGAUGAUGAUGGCCACCUGUUUGUGGUUCUCCAUUUCCUCGAGCACAGCCAACGUCGGUAGCACGGCAUGCCCGCAACCUGAGAAAGGAGAAAUGGGUCCUCCCGGCCACUCUGGGAAACCUGGAGUGAGGGGUCACAACGGGGUGAAGGGCAGCCCAGGAAUUGCAGGAACUAAGGGUACAAAGGGAGACAAAGGAGAAAUCGGAAAAUCAGGUUCUCAAGGCAAACAGGGUCCAGCAGGUGUGGUUGGUCCACCUGGUAAGCAGGGAGUAACCGGUUCACAAGGUCCACCUGGAAAUACUGGAAUUCAGGGUCCACAAGGUCCUCAAGGUUCACAAGGAGUAAAGGGUGAAAAAGGCAUAAAAGGAGCAACUGGUGAUACUGGAGCAAGAGGUUUGGAAGGAACAGACGGCACACCGGUAUAG